CCCUUACCCCCUUACCCCCUUACCAGACGAGCAUAUGUAAGUAAUGCGUUUUUAUCACACAGUCCCCAAAUCACUGCUCUCGCCACCGCUCGCUCCUCGCGCCCUGCCUUUUUCGCAUUACUACGCCCUCGAUAACUGCCCGCGCGGAGAAUACAUAUGUAUGCCCAACUACAAACCACGUGCACUGCGCCUAGGCACCUGAUCAGGCCUGGACGCCGGCGAGGGAACCAAAUGCCCCCUGUCUCCCCUUCUCUCUCCCUUUCCCCUCUCCCUCUCUUUCUCUUCUCUCCUCUCCCGGCCUUCCCCCUUCCCUUCUCUCUCUCUCUCUCUCUCUCCUACUACCGGGUCUUCUUCUGCUGUGUCUUUUUUCCGGUUUCCCUCCUUUUCUCCUUCUCUCUGGCGCUCGGGCUAGGCACGCAGGUGGUAGUGUACUACCUGCGCCAAUACAACCGCGAAGCUCGCGGCGUAUCCGCGCCCAUUGGCCAGUCCUCGUUCUAGACAAACUCCCCGCCCAGAAGCUGUUGAGGCCCAGCUAAACCCGCCUACUUGCAUCCCAUCCUUUGCGUUUCGGACGCCACCGGGAUCAUGGGAGGAGUCGGCUGCCACGGGCGGGUGGCGGCGUCUUCGUGUGCUACGUCGAGGUCGCUGGCGGGGAGGCUUGUACCUACGCCGCCUCGGUAACUUCUCAACUGAGAGGGGCAAGGGAGGAGCUGGAGGAGGAAGAGAAGGGAUACGUCUCCCACUCUAUUCUCUCUCUCCCUCUUCUUUUUUUUUGGAGAGGGGGGUGGAGGAGGAGGGUUUCUGUGGUUACUACCGCCUGUUACGCAAAUAUGAUUAUAUCUCGCAUAGGUAUUUUAGGUGUGAUCGUCGCCCCGUAGGAGACCGAGACGAGAAAACGACGAGUGCACAUUUAGGCCUCUCUGUCGGCUUUGCUCGCUCCCCAACAGAGCCCUUUUCCUCUACGUCCUGCAGGUGGUAGGAGCUCAAUUCCCCUAACCCCUCUCCUUUCCUCUCUGCCCGCCUUUUGUCUCUUCCUCUCCCUCCCCCUCUUUCUCUCUCUCUCUCUCUUC